CCCAACUUGUCCUGCCUUUCACUGAUUAGCCUCUUCAAGAAAUUAAUCAAUAUGAAAUAGUGAUGCACCAUGUUCCAAGAUCUACAAAGAAAAGCUAACAAAGGAUUUUGUUUUCUAGCACUUUGGUCACAUCCAUUCAAUUAUUUGUCAAGUGGAGGAAAUUUGUAACUGAAAGGCACAAAUGGUGAAGAUCUUUUUCCACAACUCAAUUGUUUUUGAUCAUUUCUGAUUUGUAGGUUUGUUGUGGCUGAGCCCCUGCAUGGUUGGAGGUUUUGUUGGGGAAAUUCUUAAAACUUUAGUACAAGAAUGUCUUUGUGUUUCCGAUCCUUCAAUUAUCCAUCAAGCAUAAACUGUUGCCUGAACAAACAUGCUACAAGCCAGGGGAAGAGAAGCCCUGCCCUCGUGAACUUUCCCCAGGCUGAAGCAUGUGAAAGCAGUGUCUUUGUUAAUAAAUCAUCAGAAGACAGGAGAAUCAGAACCCCACGCGACAACAGCAUCGGGAUCAUCGGAGGGGUGUCGAUAGAUUCUUGCCUGGAUUUCACCAAAAAGCUGGUGAAUUGUAAGGGGGAAGAUGGUCAAGAAAGUAGCCCACCUUUUAUCCUCUGUUCAGAUCCAACUCUAAACAAGAAGCUCUUGUUUCUUGAAAGAAGUCAGCCUAGUAAGGAUGAAGGUUUGUUGGUAAAUGAUGAUGAUAAGAGUCGAAUAGUCACGAAUUUGAGGUGUAAGAGGGCUUUUCUUGAGAAGUCUGGAGUUUGCUGCAUAGCAAUGCCUUGCCAUUUACUACAUCAUUGGCACGAUGAGAUUAGAGAAGGAUGCUCGGUUCCGUUCCUUCAUGUUGGUGAAUGCGUCGCACAUGAACUCAAGGAAGCUAAGAUGAGGCCACUCGAGGCCGGAAGCCCUCUUCGCGUAGGUGUUCUUGCCACCAAUGAGGUAUUGGUUGGUAGUUUCUACCAAGACAAGCUUGAAAAUGAGGGGUUUGAGGUUGUUCUUCCGGACAAGGCGACAAUGGAGCAUACAGUGAUUCCUGCAGUGGAGGCGCUGAGCCGAAAGGACUUGGAAGGAGCUCAGAAUUUGUUCAGAAUUGCUCUGCAGGUUCUCCUCGUGCGAGCGGUGAAUAGAGUUGUCCUUGCUUCGGAUGAAUUCCGGGAGCUUCUGCCGCCGGGGGACCCUUUGUGGAGUAAAUGUGUAGACCCUAUGGAGGCUCUCGCGAGAUCGGCUGUUGAGUACGCGAGAUCGGUCUGGUGAGAGAUGAUGAAUAAUCCAUUGGCAUCAUCUUUAGAUGAUGUUGCAGAUUCCCAAGUCAUUUGUGUUUCAUAUAUACAUUUUCGCGAUUUGUUGAAGCUCCAAGAAGGGAAUUUAUUGUUUCGUCACCAUUAAAGUAAAAAUGGAGCCAAGGAAGACAUCUGAUGCUGCAAAUCUGAUUCUUGUUUCAACUUGGAAGAAGAGUGGAAACAAUAAUAAUCAUAAUAAUAAUCAUAAUUGGGCGGCCAUUACUA